GGUUUCCGGUUUUUAUUCGCAAAGUUUCCCUGCUAAAAUAAAAGGUUGCUUCUGCGAUCAUGAUUUAGACACGGAAAAUACAGAACUGCUUAUCGAUAUGGAAUCAGCUCAAAUGGAAAACGAUUGUUUGCGUGUUUUAGAGCAAGCUCAUAUAGAGUUUAAUAACAACAACUUUAAUAAGGCCGAGGAUUUAUAUACAGAGUUCAUCACAUCUUGUCAAACAAGAAAAUGUGACGCACAUGACCUUGCUAUCGCCUUUAACAACCGUGGGCAAAUCAAGUACAAGAGGGUUGAUUUCUACGAAGCAAUGGAGGACUACACUCUCGCUAUUCAGGCGAAUAGCCGCUUCGAAGUCCCGUUCUACAAUAGAGGCCUUAUACGUUACAGGCUAGGAUUCUUCCAAGAAGCAGAUGAAGACUUCCGGAAGACCCUGGAUCUGAAUCCUGCUUUUGAAGAUGCAAAACUCAGUUUAAAGCAGACCAAAAUUGACAGAGAACAUAGGAUAAGCAGAGGGUAUUGAAGUGAAAGAUAUUAGCCAUGUGUUGGGGUACAUGCUGAACAAGUGAACACUUUCAGAAAUGCGUGCUUCAUCAACAUAGUGCAAAAAAAAUGCUUUAAAACAAAGGAAAUUAUCAGAAAUUAGUUUAAUUUUAUUUCCUAGGUGGCCGAUCUGUCGGAAGCACCAGUCCUUGGUUGUGACAUGCCAUAGAUUAAUCCUUAUAAUGCACAGUGCCAGUACUGACUGGGUGGAGUGCCAGAAGGUGAAAACUGGUAAUAGGCAUUACCCAGGGAAGGAUGAUCCAAUUUGGCAGGAUUUCCUCUCUAUCUUUGGGCAAACACACUUCAUUUGGACAGCUGUGUCCCCCUUGUCAACUUGCACCAGCAGUGCAGAAAAGACUCUACUCCAGCACAAUGGGCACACUUGUGGAAUGCAGUGAACUUCCAUGGUAUAAAAGUACCACUCUGCACUCUCUGACAGUGAUGAAGUUAAAGUGAUGGGACAGAUCUACAGAUACAAUUGAACAUUACACUUUCUAGGAAUAAAAGAAAUAUACAUCUUACUUUCUCACAUUCAUUCUUUUGUAUAGGUGUACAACAUACAGCUCAGGGAAAAAAAUAAGACCACCCCAUGUUUAAAAAAAAUUGAUUUCCUGCAAAUAUUGAUGGUUGAACCCUUUCUAAUCAAAGACAUUUUAUUUAUGGGUAUAAAAUGUAGUUUCCUUUAUUCAGCAUAUAACACAAUGUGUAGUAUUUUGACCAGUUGUCACUCAGAACAUUUGCAGAAAAUGACAAUAUUUGUAUUUGGAAUCAAAAUCCUUUGUGGUCAAUAGUUUAAGACAGGGGCCCUCAAUCUUAACCGGAAAGGGCCAGUGUGGGUACAGACUUUUGUUCCAACCAAGCAGUAACACACCUGAUUCUACUAAUAAAGGUCCUGAGCAUGUGGUUGAUUAGCAGAAUCAGGUGUGUAAUUGCUUGGUUGGAAUGAAAGUCUACACCCACACUGGCCCUUUCUGGAUAAGUUUGAGGACCCUCUGGUUUAAGAAUAUCAAAACUUAGAUUUUACACACAAGCCAUAAACUGAAAAAUCUGAUGUGAUCUCAUUUUUUUCUAGAGAUGUAUGGUGAUUAUGGUGACCUGGCUGCAUGUUAUAGCUAGGCUGUACACAAAUAAAUCUUGGUUCAAGACCUUUGCUGAA